UCGAGUUUAUACAAUUUAGUUUUUAAGCCGGUUGCCUGUGAGCGGGGCAUGUUAGCGAAUUUUAGCACUGAGGCUUAGCUGGCUCUAGAGCCUUUUUGUGUGUUAGGAAUCGAAUACGGAACUUCGGGUGGACGGUGGCACCCGUCAAAUCUACCCGUGCCAUGGCGCCGGGAAUUUUAUUUUUUAUUUUGGCGUCGCUAGCGUUUACACUUGCCAGCGAAGAUGUACCAAAGAAUAACCCAAAAGAUAUUAUAAAUGACGAAGUUCGCGCAGCCAGGGACUACAACGGAAAUGACAAUGAAGUAGUGGUUGACAUCGAAGAUGAUGAGAAGAAACAGUAUUAUGAAACUAAUUACGAUACAAGUGCGUAUGGAUUUGGUUACGAUGUCGGCCCUAAUGGUCAGUUUCACCACGAAAACCGAGGACCAGAUGGCGUCACCUACGGUUGCUAUGGUUACGUAGACCCGGACGGCUACCUUCGAGCCACACACUAUGUAGCUGAUAGUCACGGAUACAGAGUUGUAGAGCCAGAAAAGCCAGUUGAAGUUUACCCGGACACUAACCAUGUAUACGAUGAGAAUUCUGGCAACGCAUCCGAAAUACCUGGACAAAUUAUUACUUGGGACAAAUUGUACUUCCCUAAGGGAUGUGGAAGGACCCCAGGUGGUGUUCCGCCGAAACCCCGACCGAAGCCAACCCCGCGACCCCCGAAACCCCCAACAGAUAGUACUGGGCAAAACAGUAACCCCAAUCCUGGAGUGAUUUACCCUGGAGGUCCAGGAUACUAUCCCGGUACUUCCGGAACCCCCGGCUCCCCCGGCUACCCUGGAUCUCCAGGCAGUCCAGGAGGACCUGGUGGACCAGGAGGAGCGGGAGGCGGUUAUUACCCCGGAUCAGGUGCUGGCGGUCCAGGUGGACCAAACGGACCAAAUGGACCUAACGGACCAAGUGGUCCAGGGGGACCGAAUGGACCAAACGGUCCUAGUGGUCCAGGUGGACCUAAUGGUCCUGGAGGACCAAACGGCCCGAAUGGACCGGGAGGAUCAGGAGGCGGUUAUUACCCCGGAUCAAGUGGACCAUCUGGUCCCACUGGUGGAGGUGGCUACUACCCAGGAUCACAAGAUGGUGGAUAUUAUCCAGGACAACCAGGCUCCCCCGGAUUUCCAGGAUCUCCAGGCAGUCCUGGUGGACCAGGUGGACCAGGUGGACCAGGUGGCCCAGGUGGCCCAAGUGGACCCGGUGGCGGUUAUUACCCAGGUGGUCAAGCACCCGGAGGAGGAGGUUAUCAUCCAGGACCCAGCGGACCAAAUGGACCAUCAGGUGGUGGCUAUUACCCAGGACAACCAGGAAGUCCAGGCUUACCGGGUUCACCAGGAUACCCGGGUGGACCCGGCGGACCUGGAGGUCCAGGCGGCCCAGGAGGACCAGCAGCGAGUAGCCCCGGUCAAGGACCAACUGGAGGCUACCGGCCAGGACAGUCGGGCAAACCAAGCGGACAAGACGGAACAGGAGGACCCAGUGGCCCAAGUGGCCCACCAGGAAGCUAUUAUCCAGGAUCUCCAGGAAGUCCGGGCUUACCCGGCUCACCAGGAUAUCCAGGUGGUCCUGGCGGUCCUGGGGGACCAGGAGGCCCAGGUGGACCAGGGGGACCAAGUGGACCAGGGGGACCAAGUGGAGGAGGCUACUUGCCAGGACAAUCAGGCGGGCAAAAUGGACCAGGAGGUCCCAACGGACAAGGAGGCUCCGGUGGACCUAACGGGCCAACAGGAGGAGGCUAUUAUCCAGGUCAAUCUGGAGGUCCAGGUUUACCAGGCUCGCCAGGUCAUCCUGGUGGUCCCGGAGGCCCUGGGGGACCAGGUGGUCCAGGUGGACCAGGGGGACCAAGUGGACCAGGAGGACCAAGUGGAGGAGGCUACUUGCCAGGACAAUCAGGCGGUCAAAAUGGACCAGGAGGUCCCAACGGACAAGGAGGCUCGGGCGGCCCUAGCGGGCCAAUAGGAGGAGACCAUUAUCCAGGUCAACCCGGCAGUCCAGGUUUACCAGGUUCACCAGGAUAUCCGGGUGGACCAGGGGGCCCGGGUGGACCAGGUGGACCAGGCGGACCUGGGGGACCAAGUAGUGGUUAUAACCCCGAUUCCCAAGGACAACCAGGCGGCCCAAGUCAACCAGGACAACCAGGCCAACCCGGUAAACCAGGCUAUCCAGGAAAACCAGGUCAACCAGGCACCCCAGGACAACCAGGAACCCCAGGCAAGCCAGGCCAACCCGGACAACCAGGAACACCAGGUCAGCCCGGAUAUCCAGGACAACCAGGCCAACAAGGGCAAAUAGGCCAACCUGGCAAACCAGGCUAUCCAGGACAACCAGGCCAACCAGGCUACCCAGGCCAACCCGGCCAACCAGGAACACCAGAUCAGCCCGGAUAUCCGGGACAACCAGGCCAACAAGGCCAACCCGGACAACCAGGCUAUCCAGGACAACCAGGCCAACCAGGACAACCCGGUAAACCAGGCUAUCCAGGACAACAAGGCCAACCGGGACAACCAGGCUAUCCAGGACAACCAGGACAACCCGGUAAACCAGGCUAUCCAGGACUACCAGGACAACCAGGAACACCCGGACAACCCGGCCAACCAGGAACACCAGGUCAGCCUGGAUAUCCGGGACAACCAGGCCAACAGGGCCAACCAGGCUAUCCAGGCCAACCAGGCCAACCAGGCUAUCCAGGACAACCGGGCAAACCAGGCACCCCAGGCAAGCCAGGCCAACCCGGCCAACCAGGAACACCAGGUCAACCAGGAGGUCCAGGCCAACAAGGACAACCAGGCUUCCCAGGACAACCAGGAACACCAGAUCAGCCCGGAUAUCCGGGACAACCAGGCCAACAAGGCCAACCCGGACAACCAGGCUAUCCAGGACAACCAAGCCAACCAGGCUAUCCAGGACAACCGGGCCAACCAGAAACCCCAGGCAAACCAGGCUAUCCUGGACAACCGGGCCAACCAGGCACCCCAGGCAAGCCAGGUCAACCCGGCCAACCAGGAACACCAGGACAACCAAGCUUCCCAGGAGAACCAGGAACACCAGGUCAGCCCGGAUAUCCGGGACAACCAGGCCAACAAGGCCAACCCGGCCAACCAGGCUAUCCAGGACAACCCGGCCAACCAGGAACACCAGGUCAACCAGGAGGUCCAGGCCAACAAGGACAACCAGGCUAUCCAGGACAACCAGGCACCCCAGGCAAGCCAGGCCAACCCGGCCAACCAGGCUAUCCAGGACAACCAGGCCAACCAGGCACCCCAGGAACACCAGGUCAACCAGGAGGUCCAGGCCAACAAGGACAACCAGGCUAUCCAGGACAACCAGGCCAACCAGGCUAUCCAGGACAACCGGGCCAACCAGGCACCCCAGGCAAGCCAGGCCAACCCGGCCACCCAGGAAAACCAGGUCAACCAGGAGGUCCAGGCCAACAAGGACAACCAGGCUUCCCAGGACAACCAGGAACACCAGGUCAGCCCGGAUAUCCAGGACAACCAGGCCAACAAGGCCAACCCGGACAACCAGGCCAACCAGGCUAUCCAGGACAACCCGGCCAACCAGGAACACCAGGUCAACCAGGAGGUCCAGGCCAACAAGGACAACCAGGCUAUCCAGGACAACCAGGCACCCCAGGCAAGCCAGGCCAACCCGGCCAACCAGGCUAUCCAGGACAACCAGGCCAACCAGGCACCCCAGGAACACCAGGUCAACCAGGAGGUCCAGGCCAACAAGGACAACCAGGCUAUCCAGGACAACCAGGCCAACCAGGCUAUCCAGGACAACCGGGCCAACCAGGCACCCCAGGCAAGCCAGGCCAACCCGGCCAACCAGGAACACCAGGUCAGCCCGGAUAUCCGGGACAACCAGGCCAACAAGGCCAACCCGGACAACCAGGAACACCAGGUCAGCCCGGAUAUCCAGGACAACCAGGCCAACAAGGCCAACCCGGACAACCAGGCUAUCCAGGACAACCAGGCACCCCAGGCAAGCCAGGCCAACCCGGCCAACCAGGCUAUCCAGGACAACCAGGCCAACCAGGCACCCCAGGAACACCAGGUCAACCAGGAGGUCCAGGCCAACAAGGACAACCAGGCUAUCCAGGACAACCAGGCCAACCAGGCUAUCCAGGACAACCGGGCCAACCAGGCACCCCAGGCAAGCCAGGCCAACCCGGCCAACCAGGAACACCAGGUCAGCCCGGAUAUCCGGGACAACCAGGCCAACAAGGCCAACCCGGACAACCAGGAACACCAGGUCAGCCCGGAUAUCCAGGACAACCAGGCCAACAAGGCCAACCCGGACAACCAGGCUAUCCAGGACAACCAGGCCAACCAGGCUAUCCAGGACAACCCGGCCAACCUGGAACACCAGGUCAACCAGGAGGUCCAGGCCAACAAGGACAACUAGGCUAUCCAGGACAACCAGGCACCCCAGGCAAGCCAGGCCAACCCGGCCAACCAGGCUAUCCAGGACAACCAGGCCAACCAGGCACCCCAGGAACACCAGGUCAACCAGGAGGUCCAGGCCAACAAGGACAACCAGGCUAUCCAGGACAACCAGGCCAACCAGGCUAUCCAGGACAACCGGGCCAACCAGGCACCCCAGGCAAGCCAGGCCAACCCGGCCAACCAGGAACACCAGGUCAGCCCGGAUAUCCAGGACAACCAGGCCAACAAGGCCAACCCGGACAACCAGGCUAUCCAGGACAACCCGGCCAACCAGGAACACCAGGUCAACCAGGAGGUCCAGGCCAACAAGGACAACCAGGCUUUCCAGGACAACCAGGCACCCCAGGCAAGCCAGGCCAACCCGGCCAACCAGGCUAUCCAGGACAACCAGGCCAACCAGGCACCCCAGGAACACCAGGUCAACCAGGAGCUCCAGGCCAACAAGGACAACCAGGCUAUCCAGGACAACCAGGCCAACCAGGCUAUCCAGGACAACCGGGCCAACCAGGCACCCCAGGCAAGCCAGGCCAACCCGGCCACCCAGGAACACCAGGUCAACCAGGAGGUCCAGGCCAACAAGGACAACCAGGCUUCCCAGGACAACCAGGAACACCAGGUCAGCCCGGAUAUCCAGGACAACCAGGCCAACAAGGCCAACCCGGACAACCAGGCUAUCCAGGACAACCAGGCCAACCAGGCUAUCCAGGACAACCCGGCCAACCAGGAACACCAGGUCAACCAGGAGGUCCAGGCCAACCCGGACAACCAGGCUAUCCAGGACAACCAGGCCAACCAGGCAAGCCAGGCCAACCCGGCCAACCAGGAACACCAGGUCAACCAGGCUAUCCAGGACAACCAGGACAACCCGGUAAACCAGGCUAUCCAGGACAACCAGGAGUUCCAGCACAACCAGGCUAUCCAGUACAACAAGGCCAACCAGGCCAACCCGGACAACCAGGCUAUCCAGGGCAACCAGGCCAACCAGGCUAUCCAGGACAACCAGGACAACCAGGCUAUCCAGGACAACCAGGAACACCGGGCCAGCCCGGACGACCAGGUCAACAAGGCCAGCCCGGACAACCAGGCUAUCCAGGACAACCCGGACAACCAGGCCAACAAGGUCAACCAGGCCAGCCAGGACAACCAGGCUAUCCAGGACAACCAGGACAACCAGGCCAGCCAGGACAACCCGGUAAACCAGGCUACCCAGGACAACCAGGAGGCCCAGGCCAACAAGGUCAACCAGGAAUACCUGGCCAGCCAGGACAACCCGGUAAACCAGGUUAUCCAGGACAACCAGGAACACCAGGCCAACAAGGAUAUCCAGGACAACCAGGCCAGCCAGGACAACCCGGUAAACCAGGCUACCCAGGACAACCAGGAGGUCCAGGCCAACAAGGUCAACCAGGCCAACAAGGCUACCCAGGUCAGCCAGGAACCCCAGGACAACCAGGAACACCAGGCCAGCCAGGACAACCAGGCACCCCAGGACAACCAGGAACACCAGGCCAGCCAGGACAACCAGGAGGUCCAGGCCAACAAGGUCAACCAGACCAACCCGGUCAACAAGGCUACCCAGGUCAGCCAGGCACCCCAGGGCAACCAGGAACACCAGGUCAGCCUGGACAACCAGGCACCCCAGGCCAGCCAGGACAACCAGGAACACCAGGUCAACAAGGCUACCCAGGUCAACCAGAAACACCAGGCCAGCCAGGACAACCAGGCACUCCAGGCCACCCAGGACAACCAGGAACACCAGGCCAACAAGGCUAUCCAGGACAACCAGGCCAUCCCGGUCAACAAGGCUACCCAGGGCAACCAGGAGCACCAGGCCAGCCAGGACAUCCAGGUAUCCCAGGCCAGCCAGGACAACCAGGAACACCAGGCCAGCCAGGACAACCCGGUAAACCAGGUUACCCAGGACAACCAGGAACACCAGGCCAGCCAGGACAACCAGGCACCCCAGGCCAGCCAGGACAACCAGGAACACCAGGCGAACAAGGCUAUCCAGGACAACCAGGCCAUCCCGGUCAACAAGGCUACCCAGGUCAACCAGGAACACCAGGCCAGCCAGGACAACCAGGAACACCAGGCCAACAAGGCUAUCCAGGACAACCAGGCCAUCCCGGUCAACAAGGCUACCCAGGGCAACCAGGAACACCAGGCCAGCCAGGACAACCAGGCACCCCAGGCCAGCCAGGACAACCAGGAACACCAGGCCAGCCAGGACAACCCGGUAAUCCCGGUUACCCAGGACAACCAGGCCAACCGGGUCAACAAGGCUACCCAGGGCAACCAGGAACACCAGGCCAGCCAGGUCAACCUGGAACACCAGGCCAGCCCGGACAACCAGGACAACAAGGUCAACCGGGAGCACCAGGACAGCCCGGCCAGCAACAGCCAGGAAAGCCAGGCGGUGGUGAUUCGGUUGGUGAAUCAACUGGCACUGGUGUGCAACCCCCGGUUUAUCCACCGGGGCAAAUGCCUCCGUUCCCAAUGUAUGUCAUACCCUAUCCUUUGCCUAUCGUGCCAUAUCCAGGUUCCUGUCCGUGCUACCUCUUGAAUCCAGGAAAUAACAGCAGCAGUACAGCUGUCACCCAAGCGCCAACACAAAGCCCUCCGCCAUACUAUUCACCGUAUGGAAUAAUUGGUUUUCUACCUGUGGUCUUCGUCCCAAGCUGCCCCGGUAACGUAAGUAAUAUGCAAACUGCACAACAGAACUUCCCCGGAGCUGUACCAGUUCCAUACAAUUGCGCCCAGUGCCAGGCAAACCAAGACAUAUAUAGAUAUUUCGGGAGAAUUGGUGGCGCUCGAAGCGUGGAUUUCAACGAUCUAAAAGAAAUAACUUCCCUGCCAGAAUUGGAAAGUUUAUUGAAAAAUGAAAUAAAUGUGCCCAGAAAAAGUCUGCGAAGAAUAAAAGUACACGCCCGCGUUUUAGACGAUAAGAAAGACGAAAAGAAAACUGUAUCGAAAGAGUAAACUUAAAUCGACUGUAUAAAUAUAAGUAGCCUAUUAGUAAUUUAAAAUUUUGGGACCGGCCGAUUUAAUCUUGGACGGUUUCGAAAUUUCGUUGAGUGAUUCAAUUUAUAAUAAAGUGAACCCACUAUAUAAAAUAAUAUUGUAUGGAGAUAGCGACUUAUUUCUAGUUAAUAAUGAAAAAUAAUACUCGAUGUGAAUUACUCAACUUUUAAUAUUUAUUAAUUUUUAAAUAGAUAUUUAUAAAAUAUUCUGUAUAGUAUUAAGCAAUAAAUAAUGUGAAAUAAUAUUGUGUUU